GAUUUAGAACCCAGAAAUCUCCCCCCUGCAGGAAGCUCCCGGAUUUGCUCUCCUCUUCCUCCCUUGUCCGCCGGCUGCUCUUGUUUGUGGGUGUGAUUUUCGGUCUUUCUUGAAUUUCCCCUGCACAUGCCGUCGGCCUCCCCCCCCUGCAGCUCCAGUUUUAGCUGGAGAAUUAUGGUUCCCGAUCGUUCUGUCAGUUAGUACGUGAAUUGAGUGCUCAGUUUUAUGUGAAGUGAGGUAAGUAAAUUAUGCAUGAAUGGAAUAAAAAUGAGGAUUUUAUUGAUUUUCUGGAAUUGAGCAUGAUUGGAAUGAAAAUGAGAAUUUCAUUGUUUUUCUGAAGUUGAGCAUGCCUAUUUGGAAAUUGACUGAACUGUUUUGAUGAACUGAGAGUUUUUGUAAAUUCUGAGUUUUCUGUUAAAUCCAUGCUCACAUGGAGAUUUUCCGGUUGUUUCUGAGAUUGGAGAUUGACUGUCCUGAUGAUCUGAAAGUGAUGAUCUGAAAGUGAUUGUGAAUUGUGAUUGUGAAUUGUGAUUUUCCUGUGAACUUCUGCCUGUUUUGUAUCCGAUAUGGUCAUGUUAUUCGUGUGCCCGCUAGUGGGAGGUUUAUAAACGCUAGCACAUGUCGACAUGUUAUUGAUAGAACCGGUUCGUUUGAGUGACCCUGCUAGUGGGGGUUAUACACCAGGAAAUCGUGUGCCCGCCAGUGGGAGGUUUAUAAACGCUGGCCGUGACCUAUAGAGGAGACGUCUAUUUCGUGCCCGCACUGUAUCUGUUUUCAUGAUUACACUUGUUGGCAUGCUAUGAGUUUAAUUGACGGUUUGUCAUUGAAUGCUUUGCAAGUGAACUGAAUCUGAUUUUGCAUUGACGGUUCUGUCAUUGAACGUUUUGCUAUUGAACCGAAUUUGAUUUCUACAUUUACGGUUUAUCAGUGAAAAUUCUGUUAUACUUACAUGGUUUAUCUGGCAUGCUUAUAUUUUUACCCAGGGGCUAUCCAUAUUUACUUACUGAGUUAUCUCAUAGUUUUCCUUGUCCACCAUUUCAGGAAGUGAAACCGAGGACGGGGAAACCAAGGGGAGUGACGAGUUAGAAGGCUAGCCAUCUUGUAAUUGAAUAUGGAUUUUAGAUGUAAAUGAUGAUAUUGCAAGCUAGAUUGUAAUUGGAGAUCGUAUAAAUUCAUUUAGUGGAUUGUUAGUUUAUAAGAGAUUUGAUCUGGAGAUUUUGAGGUUAAGUCAUGUGGACAUAGAAAAGAAAUUUUGAAAUAUCCGAUCUGAGUUAUGGGAUUGUCAGAUGUGAAU